GAUUCUCACAUAGUUGAGAUUGAACCACAUAAUGUUGAGGAAGCCCUGUUGAGCGAAAAUUGGAAAAAGGCUAUGCAAGAAGAGUAUAAUGCAUUAAUGAAGAAUAAGAAAUGGAAUUUGGUACUUCCAAAACAAGGAAUAAAGGUAUUCAAGAACAAGUGGGUGUAUAGACUGAAGUGUGAUUUAGAAGGCAAGAUGCAAAGGUAUAAGGCAAGGUUAGUUGUCAAAGGGUUUCUGCAAACACUUGGAGUGGACUUUGGUAAAAUCUAUAGCCCAGUCAUUAAGGCAUCAACUUUGAAGAUCAUACUAACCCUUGCUAUGUGCAGAGAAUGGAAAAUUAGACAAGUUGAUGUUAACAAUGCAUUCUUGAAUUGUAAGUUGGAGGAAACCGUGUACAUGAAUUAG